AUGCCUCGCCGAGAGACAUCUCGGCAUCAGAUACCCCAAAGCUUCCGCUACCUGCACACGUUGAAUAGACAUCCCAUCCGCCAUGAAAAAUACAGCACGAAGCACAAGACCAACCACCGCAUCGAGUACGCAUACGACCCAGACGAUGGGAUCGAGCAUUUCGCUGGCUACUGCGCCGGCGGCUACUUGCCUGUCAAAAUAGGCGACGAGUUCUGCUCAUCACGAUAUCGAGUGGUACAUAAGCUAGGUCAUGGUGGUUACUCGACAGUCUGGCUUGCUUACGACAACAGAACUUCACGACACGUCGCUAUCAAGAUUGCUCGCUCGGAGGUCGAGUCGCCUCAUGAGACGAAGAUCUUGAGAAUGCUCAAGGGGAAGAUUGAGAGUGGGGAGAGUCGUCCGGGGAGUGAGUUUUUGCCGCACCUGCUUGAUGCUUUCGAGGUACUAGGUCCCGAGAUUGCUGGGAGCAGGGGCGUGCAUCAGUGUACGGUCACGGCCCCUGCCAGGAUGAGUGUCUCAGAAGCCCGCGAUUGUGGAAAAUACGGACUGUUUCAGCCUCAGGUUGCUCGAGCUAUGGUUGCGCAACUGGUACAAGCUAUGGUGUAUCUACACUCUAUCGGAGUGGUGCAUGCAGACUUACACGAGGGCAACAUCCUGUUGCAAUUUCCAUCUUCAUUUGACGAUUUGACCACCAAGCAGAUCUAUGAGACCUACGGGGAGCCAAAGCUUAUCCCAGCCACUCGAUUGGACGGCCAACCUCUGGAUGAGUGGGUGCCACGAGUUGGAGUAGUUCCAAUAUUCCUCGGCACUGACAGCGAGAAAGUCCGACUCGAAGAUGCCAGGAUCCUGCUCAGCGACUUUGGCGAAUCUUUCUUACCAGAGGACGACCCGCGCUUCGAGUCUCACAUCCCUCAUAUCAUGCGCCCGCCUGAGAUGUUCCUCGAUCCCCGCAGUCGGAUGUCAUUCCCUGCUGACAUCUGGGCGCUCGGUUGUACAAUCUUCGCACUGCUAGGCCGGAGCACAUUGAUCGACCGGUGGUGUUGGAGCGAUGAUGAAAUCAUAGCCGAGCAAUUGGAUGUCAUUGGCACUUUCCCAGCAGAAUGGCGGUUGCGUUGGAGCAAGCGGCACAAGUACUACAAUAGAGCCGGCGAGCCCCAUGAACGGCCUCGGACGCUUGCCGAUCGGGUGGAAGAUUCGAUACAGGAGCCACGGCGGGAAGCAUCCAUGGAGGCCAUGGGUGAUGACGAGCGAUGUGCGCUGAUUGGUCUGCUUCAAGCGAUGCUCAGCGCUCGUCCAAAGCACAGAAUCACUGCUCAGCAGGUGUUGGAAUCGAAUUGGGUGAUUCGAUGGGCAGAGCCAGCGCUUAGACUUAUGCAGAGAACUAGAGCUGUGAACUGA